CGUCCGUCGGGACCCUACUCAUCACCACUCGGUUCUUGCCACAGUCUCUCAAACGCGCCCACGGCACCGCCCAUAAGAAUAAGACGAACGAGAGAAGAAAUCAAGAAAAGCUAAAACACGUCGCUCCUGAUCUAUGGCUCCUCCGCCGCCGCCUGUGGUCCCGGCGUCGCCGGGCGCCCAUUACGCCCAGCAGUUCCUCAGCACCGUCCUCUCCCAGCGCGGGCCGUCGGCGCUGCCGUACAUGGAGGACGUGAAGUGGCUGAUCCGGCAGCACCUGGUGGCGCUGGCCGAGUCCUUCCCCUCCCUCCACCCGAAGGCCUCCGCGUUCACCCACAACGACGGCCGCACGGUGAACCUCCUCCAGGCGGAGGGCACCAUCCCCAUCGUGUACCAGGGCGCUGUCUACAAUAUUCCCGCCGUGAUCUGGCUCCUCGAGCCCUACCCCCGCUCCCCACCCGCUGUGUUCCUCACACCGACCCGCGACAUGGUUGUCAAGCCGGGCCACCCCCAUGUCGACCGCUCCGGCUCCGUCCUCGUCCCCUACCUUCGCUCCUGGGUCUUCCCCUCCUCUAACCUCGUCGACCUCGUCCGCUCCCUCUCCCACCUCUUCGGCCUCGAUCCCCCGCUCUACACCCGCCAAAACCCCAAUAAUCCCACUACCCCUAACCCUAACCCUAACCCUAAUCCCUCCUCUUCCCAUCAUCCCUUCCCCUCCCCAUCCCCUUCCCCUUCCCCUCCGUCGUCGUCAUCUUCGUCGUUGCCGUCACGGAACUACUCAUCUUUGUCGCCCUACAGCGGGCGAUUCCCACCCUCGCCGCAGGCGGCGGCGGCGCGGAGGCCGACUGAGGACGCUGCCGAGGUCUACCGCCGCAACGCGAUCAACAAGAUUGUCGACAUGGUGCAUGGCGACAUGGCGGGUUUACGGAGAGCGCGGGAGGCGGAGAUGGAGGGGUUGUUCAGUACCCAGGCGGAGUUGAGGCGGCGGGAGGAGGAGCUUUCCAGGGGGCUGUGGGAGAUGUUGGAGGAGAAGGAGGGAUUGGAGCAGCUGCUGCAGCUGAUUCUGAUGAAUACGGAUGUGUUAGAGGGGUGGGUGAGGGAGAAUGAAGGAAGGAGGCGGAGGGUUGGGGAUGUCGAUGUGGAUGAUGCGUUUGAGCCUGCGGAUGUGCUGUCGAGGCAGAUGCUUGAGUGCACAGCGGCGGAUUUGGCGGUGGAGGACACUAUUUACUCGCUGGACAAGGCAGUGCAAGAGGGGUCGAUCCCAUUCGAUAUGUAUCUGAAGAGCGUGAGGGCAUUGUCGAGGGACCAGUUCUUCCAUCGAGCGAUGUUGGCCAAGGUGCGGGCCGCACAGGUGCAGGCGCAGGUCACGAGUAUGGCAGCCAGGGUGCCGCAGUAUGCUUCAUAGAGGAAAGUAACUGAUGGCAUCUACCUGAAGCCUUUCAGACUUCGUUAUUGAUGAGGAACAUGUCACCAACAUGCUUGCUCUUGAAAAUCUUUUUGGAUUUUCUUAUACUACCAACUCCCAAUGACCAAUGCAACUAUGACCUUGUGAAAUUUAUCUAGGGAACUGAUUUGAUCGUUUUGCACCACAGAAGGAGAGCAUGUGGGAAGUGCUUGGGAGAUGAAGUAGAGACUUCAGAGAAAUGUUUAGCUUCAUCAUCAUCAUCAUCAUUUACUUACAACAGGAGCAGCAGCUGUGUUUCAUACUGCCAUAUACAUGGGAGAUCAACAUCAUCAUCAUCAUCACUAUUAUUAUUGUUUAUUUAAUGCAGGAGCAGCAUCUAUGUUUCAUGCUGGUGUUAUGUUAUUCAUGAUAGCAAUUGAAAUACCUAGUUUCCUGUUUCCUCUUGGUAAUGUAAAUAUUUCAUGCAAGAAGGUUGUGCAAAUUUGCUAGUUUAUCUGCUGUUACAGGUAAAAGGUUGUCUGUAUUAUUUGGUUCCAGUGGUAGGUCGUUUCUUGUCUCAUGCAGACAACUACAAUUUUAAGAGUGACGGGGGACGGUUGUUCUGUGCACACGAAUAGUUCCAUGCCACCAGCGGAACAAUGUGAAUUUUGCAGGAAUUU